AUGGCCAAACAUCUUCUGCAAAACACACACCAUUUGGGCAAUAAAACAGAUCCUGGGCUUUUCCAAUUAGUAUCCAAUCAGUUAUUCCAGCAUGUGGCAGACCAGGUUGAUAAGAGGUACUUGAUUAGAUGCAGUUAUAUUGAAAUCUACAAUGAAAAGAUCAAUGACCUCCUGGAUAAGAGCAAUCAGGGUUUAACUAUAAGAGAAGAUAUCAAAGGAAAUGUGCUGCUUGAUGCAAGGGAAGCUGUCGUAGACAAUGUUGAUAAAGUUAUGGAGAACAUGAUGCAGGGCAUAAGAUCAGACGAGUUGCAGCUACUCGCAUGA